AACCCUGGCCUGGGCAGAGAGCUAGUGGAAGCUCCUCAACACACACUCAAUAGAUAGUCACUCUCACACCCUCCCCACAACUCACCACACACACACACACUCACUCACACACACACACGCGCUCUCUCUCUCUCUCCCUCUCUCUCUCUCUCGGCCGUGUGCAGCUCGCUGAAACAGAAGCAGAAGUCUGCCUCGGAGCUCGAGCGCAAGUCGACGGUGAGCUUCGGACCGACCGCCCGACCGCCCGACCGCCCGCAGGACGCCCUCACACCACCCCACGGCUGGAUAGAGGGGGACUAGAGAGAGAGUAAGGAGAGAGAAAGAGAGAGGGAAAGAGAACUAGACAGAGAAAGAGAGAGAAAGAGAGGAAAGAGUGAGAAGAAGGGAUGGCCAGGUCUGACCUCACAGAGGAGGACCUAGAGGAGCUGAUGCAGGAGGAGGCGGAGGACGUCUUCUAUGACGGAGUGUCCUCCCGUUUCCCAGAGAUCAUGGCGGCGGGCACACACUCGCCCGGCGGGCCUAACGGCAUCAUCCGCAGCCAAUCAUUCGCCGGCUUCAGCACGCUGCAGGAGAGACGCUCACGGUGUAACUCGUUCAUGGGGAACUCUGUGAUCCAGAAGAAGGCCCAGUCCAAGCCCAAGAAGCCCCACCUCUCCAGCAAGGCCAGCAGCAGCAGCAGCAGGGAGCCGCAGCCCAAGAGGGUGGAGGAGGUUUAUAGCGCCCUCAAACAGGGGCUCGAUGAGUACCUGGAGGUCCACCAAUCAGAGCUGGACAAACUCACCGCCCUCAUGAAGGACAUGAAGAGGAACUCCAGACUGGGGGUCCUGUAUGAUCUUGACAAGCAAAUCAAAACUAUCGAGCGGUACAUGCGACGCCUGGAAUUCCACAUUAGCAAGGUCGACGAGCUGUAUGAGGGCUUCUGUAUCCAGAGGCGUCUGCGUGACGGAGCCAGUAGGAUGAAGCAGGCCUUCACCUCAUCGCCCUCCAGCAAGAGCACCAGAGAGAGUCUGGCAGAGGUCAACCGCAGAUACAAAGAGUACACAGAGAACAUGAGCACGUUUGAGGGGGAACUGGAGAAUCUGCUGGGGGAGUUUCACAUCAAGAUGAGAGGUCUGGCUGGGUUUGCUCGUCUCUGUCCAGGGGAUCAGUACGAGAUCUUCAUGCGGUACGGCCGUCAGCGCUGGAAGCUAAAGGGGCGUAUCGAGGCUAACUCCCGGCAGAGCUGGGACGGAGAGGAGAUGAUCUUCAUGCCCCUCGUCACGGACCUCAUCUCCAUCAAGGUGACGGAGCUGAAGGGUCUGGCCACGCACGUGCUGGUGGGCAGCGUGAUCUGCGAGACCAAGGACCUCUUCACCGCCAUGCCACAGGUGGUCGCCGUGGACGUCAACGACCUGGGCACCAUCAAACUCAACCUGGAGGUCACCUGGUACCCGUUCGACGUGGAGGACCUGACGCUGUCCUCGGGGAACGUCAGCAAGGCCGCCGCCCUGCAGAGGCGAGUGUCCGUCUACAGCCAGGGGACCCCCGAGACGCCCACCUUCCAGGACACCUCCUUUUUCUCCACCCUGCCGGAUGACGUCUUUGAAAACGGCGGCUGCGGAGUUGCCGAGUGCAAGCGCCUGUCAUUCACCUUCUCGGACACGCCCAUCUCCAACCCAGCCCCCAACUCCAGCAGCCAAUCAAACCCUGAGAUCACAGUCACGCCUCCUGAGACAGACCCUCCCCCUCCCCUACCCCUGGAGGAAGAGGAAGAGGAAAAGGAGGAGGAAGAAGAAAAGGAGGAGGAGAGUGUUGAGGCGGAGCAGCAGAAGGAGGAGGAGGAAGAAGGGGAGGAGGAGGAGGAGGAGGAGGAGGAGGAGUCGAGCAUGAGUGCGAGUGUGAGUGUGUGUGCCAGCGAGGCGGACUCGGAGUGGGAGCGUGGCACCACCAGCGGUGGUCACCCGCGCUCCUCCGCCCCCUCCCUCUGCUCCGACUCCCAGCUCUCCGCCGUCGGCCCCGAGGACGUGCUCUUCCUGGAGCAGGGCAUUCCCGGCAUUCCCGACAUUCCCGGUGUUCCCAACGAGUCGUCGGAGCUGAAGCCGGUGGAGCUGGACGAGGAGGAGGGCAGCCUGACGCGGCAGCUGGUGCGGAGGCUGACGUCGACGGACGUGCUGCCCAACGCCGGGGCGGGGGCCCUCAGCUGGGCGGGCGAGGGCACGGGGGCCGGGGCGGCCCUGAGCUGGGCGGGCGAGGGCAGCAGGGCCUUCCUGGAGAGCAGCCUGGAGGAGGCCAUCCAGAGCCUGCUGCUGAGGCUAGAGAACAUCCCCCAGCGCUGCAGGGAGCUCCAGGACCUGGAGCAGGAGGCGAUGAGGCUGGAGGACCUGCUCAAGUGUCGGCUGCCUGCCCAGCGGAGCCGCUCGUCCAGUCUGAGUCUGACGGUGGAGAGCGCCCUGGAGAGCUUCGACUUCCUCAACACCUCCGACUUCGACGAUGACGACACCGGCGACGACCCCAGCGCACUGCCACGCGCCGCCAUCUUCGACAUGGAGGCAGAGAGGAUCUCAGGGGCAGGCCAGCAUCCCGAGGCCCGUGGCCACCUGAGCGAGGCCCUGACGGAGGACACCGGCGUGGGCAACAGUGUGGCCGGCAGCCCCCUGCCUCUGACCACCGGCAACGAGAACCUGGACGUGGCCAUCGUCAUCCACCUGCAGUACUGCAUCCACCUGGUCCAGCUCCUGUCCUGUGGGGGGGUGAGUGUGUGUCAGAGGAAGACUCUCCUGAGGAAGAUCUCCACUCAGAUUCAGCUGCUGGAGGAUCUCAAUGACCUCAGCACAGAGAGACUGGGUACUGUCAGCACUGCUGUGGAUGUGCUUCCAGGCCUGGCGGAUAAGCCCUCUCUGCUGGCGCUGUGGUCCGAGUGCAGUGGGGGUUCCGGGGGUCUCUUCCACACGACUCUGGACCGGGUGCUCACACACCUACAGCGCGGCUUCACACACACACUGCAGGACACACUACCUCUCAGCCCAGACACUGUGAUUCGGCUGGUGGUGAGUGAGAUGGUGGAUCGCAGUGAGCUGGCGUCUCCCCUGACCGGUUCUCCAUCAGCGCUGGCCCAGGACGUUCUCACCGUGUUCCAGUUCCACCGCUACGCAUUGGAGAACCGCGUGGACGACAUGCAGGAACACCUGCAGCAGCUAGCCGCCGAAGUGGUGUUAGCAGAGACUCUGAGCUCUGGGGACGGUGAGCGUUGGCUGCGGGCGCUGGAGAAGGUGUGUGUGUCGGCACUCUGUCCUCGUCCAUCCACCCUGCGGGCGCUCGGCACACACCUCAUCUCUGAGGACACACACCUCAGCACGGCCGCCAUCGCCUUCCUGACCGCCGCCGCCACACACACACACUUCAGGUCAAAGGCUGUUGAGUGGUACACACUUGUCCUGUCUGAGGUUGGAGUACACACACAGAGAGCUGCCUGCGCUGCCUUGAGUUGCCUGCAGGCAACAGAGAGUAUCAGUGCUGUGGUCUCUCUCUGCGACUCGGCUGACGAGGAUCUCCGCCAUCUUGCCAUAGAAACCCUCCUGACCUUCGGUGAGGAGGGCCGUCUGGCGUACGAGCAGCUGGACACGGUGCCCAGGGAGAUGGUGAGGCUGGGCACUCGCCGGGGAAAUGCCGUCACCACGGCAUUCUGAAGAGGGCAUGGAAACGGGCACCGUGGAAACGGUCACUAUGGAAACGGGCACCAUGGGACCCUCCCAGCAAUCAGCACCCCACCCCACC